AUGCGUAGCGAUUUUGUGGUUGAGUUCCGGAGCGCAUGGAUUGAGGGCCAGAAGCUAUACAUUCAGACAGAGUUUUGCGACUAUAAUUUGAGGCAAAUAAUUGACAUCAAAUACCGCCUCUUCAGCGCCAAGUCCUCAGACAACGACACGAGUGUUGUCUAUGUGUUAGCACUCAUUGAUUACUUCAUAGCCUAUGAAUUGUUUGAGGAGUUAACUAAAAGCCUAAACUAUUUGCACACUUUGGACACACCUAUUAUACACCGAAACCUUAAACCAGAGAAUAUAUUAGUAAUGAAAAAUGUUAUCGAUAAUGGACAACAAUUUGUGAAAAUAUGCGACUUUGGUUACGCUAAGCCUCACGACUAUAGCGGACAGUCGCACACCAGAGACAAGGGGGACAUCACUUAUAUGGCGCCCGAAGUGGUCCGCAGUAAACACUAUGACCUGAAGUCCGAUAUUUAUAGUUUGGGCUUAAUUUGUGGCGAAGUCUUUGGAGUCAAUGUUUAUUCGUAA